AUGAGCUAUUAUCCGUAUGACCUUAUUUAUCCAGAAUUAAGAGAAGAAAAUUCACGAACGAUAACAAAUACUCGGACACAGAAAAAACAAGAAUUAGAAUCGGAUGAAGAGAGUUUUACAGAUGAGGCGUCUGUACCUAGCGAUGAAUUUGAUUCGUCUUAUGACA